CAGCGAGACAAACCUUUGACUUUCAGUAGUAGGGCUUUACAGGCUUCCCUUUCCCUUAUAUUUCACGUUAAUUAUUGCCAGUAAAGUUGUGUGAAAGUUGUACAAUGUGCGUGUUGUACACUAUGUUCUCUGUCGCUUCUCCUCCCACUCACACUCACACUCACCAGAUCAUAUGAUCUGGACUCCACUUCCUUAAACACUGAAGCCCAACGUGUAGUGGAACACACAGAGACAGACGCAGACCCUCCCCCCUGAAGAGCAGCAGCAGCAGCAGCAGGAGCAGCAGCAGGAGGUGGUGGAGGAGGAAGCGAAACUGUCAGUUCUACAUUGUGAGUACUCAUUUCUCCGGUAGUGUGUGCGAACAUGGAGCCUGACCCGGCCCGGUACUGCGGCCUUCUCUUGACCGAGGUAGCUUUGAGGAGAAGCGGAUACCGAGCGACUACACGCCGGCCGCGGCGGCUCGGGGGAAACCCCGUGGCCCUCACUGUCCUCGCGCUGCUGACGGUGCUGUUCACCUGCUGCGUCAGGUGUGUGGAGAGUGUCAAACCCAGCAACAUUGUGCUGAUCCUCGCCGACGACCAGGAUGUUUACCUGGGGGGAAUGACUCCUAUGACCAAAACGAAAACCUUACUAGGAGAAGCAGGAGCAACAUUUGUCAAUUCUUUCACAGUCACGCCCCUGUGCUGCCCCAGCAGGAGUAGCAUUUUGACUGGUCGGUACCCCCACAAUCACGAGGUGAGGAACAACUCCCUGUCCGGGAACUGCUCCAGCUCGCUGUGGCAGAAAGGUCCUGAGACUGAGGCCCUCCCUGUUUACCUGAGCAAACAGAAAUACCAGACCUUCUUCGCUGGGAAAUAUCUCAACCAGUAUGGUAAGAAAGAAGCAGGAGGUGUGACCCAUAUUCCACCUGGCUGGGACCAAUGGCAUGCAUUGGUGGGAAACUCACAAUAUUACAACUACACCCUGUCUGUCAACGGCAAAGAAGAAAAGCACGGUGACAGCUAUGAGAUGGACUAUCUCACUGACCUCAUAGCGAACCGCUCCCUUAAAUUUCUGGAUGACAGGAGCCCGCAGCAUCCCUUCUUCUUGAUGUUGUCUACUCCAGCUCCUCACUCCCCGUGGACGGCAGCACCUCAGUACCAGAAAAAGUUUAGUGAUGUUCAAGCUCCUCGAGAUGGGAGCUUUGACAAACCAGGAAAGGACAAACACUGGCUGCUGCGUCAACCCAUCAACCCCAUGCCAAAUUCCUCACUGACCUUCCUGGAUAAUGCAUACAGGCAAAGGUGGCAGACCCUGUUAUCUGUGGACGACAUGGUGGAGAAGGUGGUCAAGAAACUUGACAGUAUAAAGGAACUGGACAACACCUACAUCUUUUACACCUCAGACAAUGGCUACCACACAGGUCAGUUCUCUCUGCCUGUCGAUAAGCGGCAGCUGUAUGAAUUUGACAUCAAGACUCCUCUUUUGGUCCGUGGACCUGGCAUCAAACCAAACCAGACCCUGAAGGCGUCGGUUUUGAAUAUUGACCUGGCUCCAACCAUACUGGACAUAUCUGGGCUCAACUUGUCUUCUGUGAAUAUGGAUGGACAGUCUUUCCUUGGGCAGAUGGCUCCUUCACUGCGUAAUGCCAGCACACGGCCCUUUUUCCUCAUCGAAUACACUGGAGAGGGACAUGAGACAACAGAUCCUGAUUGUCCCAAAUUAGGCCCUGGUCUAUCUGAAUGUUUCCCCGACUGUGUGUGUGAGGACGCCUUCAACAAUACGUACGCCUGUGUCAGGACCAUCAGCGGUGACCAAGACCUACAGUACUGCGAGUUUGCGGACAAUGAGUCGUUCGUAGAAGUGUACAACCUGUCGUCAGACCCCCACCAGCUGGAGAACAUUGUGAAGAAGGUGGAUCCGACCGUCCUGCAGACCAUGAACCAGCGACUCAUCCAGCUCCAGUCCUGCGUAGGUGACAGCUGCCGUGGCAUCAAGUAACAGGGGGCCGGCCCACAGAGCGCUCACAUACUGUUUACUCCCGGGAAGCUGCCAAAUAUACACCACCUCUCGCCCAAUUGCACCACUUUUUUCCCAGCAG